AAACACAAGAACUGAGUGACGGUUGUCACGUGGUAAAAUACACAAUACAAGUCGACACAAAAGAUGACAACAGUUCCCUCUAGUGGCUGGAUGUGGAAUGAUGACAGCAACACUUUGGAGUUUAAGCGCCCUGCUGCAGAAAAGGAUGGAGUUUUGGAGAAAGGAAAACCGACUUGUGACCACAUGAAGGAUCUUCAGAAAAGAUCAGAAUGGUUGGCUGAUGUCUGCAUCUUGACCGCUAGAGGACACCAAAGCUCAAAGAAGAGCCUGAGUACAGCCCGUUUGAAUGCAUACAGAGCAUCUGUGCUGGAAAAGCAAGGCGAUCACGUCACUGUUGAUGACGUCAAACAGGUGGCUGUGGCUUUGCUCCAGGAAAACUACUCACUGCCAAUCCCGCUCUACUUCGUGGCGUUACUGAAGAAGAAAGAGCUGGAUGAUGUCCUGACUGCGCUUCUUCUUUAUGUUUCUUAUUAUAUUGAGCACAAGAAAGCAGCUCAGCCUUCCUUGUUUUUGGAGACAAACACUGAUCGUCAGAAGGUGGCAAAGAUCCAGGCUAAAAAGGAGAUUGCCCAGAGGAUACUGGCUGUCCAUUACUUCAGUCUGAUCAUGGACCUGGUUCUGGCUCGAGGCAUGCAGCAUUCGCACACAGCAUUUCAGAAGGGCCAGAUGGGAGUGAGCAAAAAUGAAUGGCUUCUGCAUGCGUGCCUAUACAGCUUCUUCUGCUGUGUAGCCUGGGUGGCGUUUGGCCGGAAGUACAUGAGCAACAUUCAGGAGGAGGUGGGACGACUUUUGUACUCGGACGCCUUUAACACGGCCGUGAGGAACACAACCAAGGAAACGAGCUCUUUUGCCUGCAAUGGUUCCACGGUGGUGCAGGACUCUCAGGGCGAACGAAGACGCACACACGGCCAACGCAUGUUCCAGAGGCAUCCAGCACUGAGCAAGAUAGCUAAUCAGCGCUCCCCACUGAUGGUGUGUCUGCUGCCCACACCAAAAGAACAGUCACCCCAUCUGUUCUCUGGCAGCAGGGCCGGAGGGUUGAGUCCAGUGCAGACCGAAUGCUUUGACAACAAGGUCUUAACGGAGGAAGUCAACCAGCAGCUGGCCAGUGUCAAAUUUGGCAUCCUGGGCAAGCCUCUGAAAGAGUUCAACCCCAGCACCCUGCUAAGCAAGGAAGAAGAAGAGGGAAACUACAGAUUUGGAGGAUAAACCUGUUAGAAUAAUUAUAAUCGGCUUAAUGACUGCCAACGCCGAACAUCGAGUACCGUGAUGCAGACAGAGCAGAGACAAGGCAAUAUCACGACUGUCACCACAUUUUCAUUUUAGUAAAAUCAUAUAUUGUGUCUAACAGGAGCUGUCGAGGUUACCCCCUUCCCUCAGCGACAGCUUCAGUGAUGUGACCAGGGACCUCCCAAAUAAACAGAGGAAGCACCUGGGCUGGACCUUUAGAACUUAGUUUGGAUCUGUAACUAGAGUACAGCCCAAAGCAUGUCUCUCCUCAAUUGAGCAAAAUUUAACUCUGUCAGUGCAUGAUUCCUUGCUUCUUGUCUAUUUAAUAAUAACUGUGUCAUCUUUGUUUAAAGUAGCAUGAUUCCUUUAACAAGUCUUAUUUGACAGGUGUUAGCAUAUAUACAUGCAUUUACUUCAAUAGGAUUAGUUAUACAGCAUAGACAUAAAACUAAAUUUGUAUGUACAGUCAUGGUCGAAAGUUUACAUACACUUGUAAAGAACAUGAUGUCAUGGCUGUCUUGAGUUUACAAUAAUUUCUACAACUCUUAUUUUUUUGUGAUACAGUGAUUGGAUCACAAACUUGUUGGUCACAAAAAACAUUCUUUUGUGAAUUUAUUACGGGUCUACUGAAAAUGUGAUCAAAUCUGCAAGGUCAAAAGUAUACAUACAUCAGUGUUAAUAUUUGCUUACAUGUUGAUUGAUUGAUUGAAACUUUUAUUAGUAGAUUGUACAGUACAGCACAUAUUCCGUACAAUUGACCACUAAAUGGUAACACCCGAAUAAGUUUUUCAACUUGUUUAAGUCGGGGUCCACGUUCAUGGUCCUUCCCAAGUUUAACUGCAAUAAGGAGCUUAGGGUAGCCAUCCACAAGCUUCUGGCAAGCUUCUGCUUGAAUUUUUGACCACUCCUCUUGACAAAAUUGGUGCAGUCCAGCUAAAUGUGUCGGUUUACUGACAUGGACUUGUUUCUUCAGCAUUGUCCACACGUUUAAGUCAUUGUCCACACGUUUAAGGCCAUUCUAAGAUGUUAAUUCUAGCCUGAUUUAGCCAUUCCUUUACCACUUUUGACGGGUGUUUGGGGUCAUUGCCUGUUGGAACACCCAACUGCGCCCAAGACCCAACCUCCAGGCUGAUGAUUUUAGGUUGUCCUGAAGAAUUUGGAGGUAAACCUCCUUUUUCAUUGUCCUAUUUACUCUCUGUAAAGCACCAGUCUCAUUGGCAGCAAAACAGGCCCAGAGCAUAUUACUACCUCCACCAUGCUUGACGGUAGGCAUGGUGUUCCUGGGAUUAAAGGCCUCACCUUUUCUCCUCCAAACAUAUUGCUGGGUACUCUGGCCAAACAGCUCAAUUUCUGUUUCAUCUGACAUUAUAUGGACAAAGACAAGACCUUCUGGAGGUAAGUUCUGUGGUUAUGUUCUUUACAAGCGAAUGUAAACUUUUGACCACGAUUGUAUGUAUUUGUACGUAGUUCUGCUAAGUGAACUUCUGGAGUGGAUUUAGAUUUGAACCUGAAGUGUGUCAUUUAUUUUAAGAGGUUUAUCCAAAUGCAGUAGAAUCCAGAACAACGACUAUGUGUUAUUAAGGGUGGGUCCUUUUCACAUUUGAAUCAAUGCAGUGCGUGGGAAUCGAACGGUACCAAUUUUAUGUGUUUUUGUG